AUGUCAUUGAACGUAUUGAAGAGCAAGUUGAAGAUAGCUCUGAUUCAAUUCGCAUGUGGAGCGCCUGAUAAGAGUGCUAACUUCCAAAGAUGCAAGACGUUUGUUGCGCAAGCAAUGCGGGAGCAGCCGGGAACAGAAUUGGUAGUGUUGCCCGAGUGCUUCAACUCGGUCUAUGCGGCUACUGAAUUCAGGAAAAACGCAGAAGUUGUCCAAGAAAGCUCGCCUUCGGUUAAGUUUCUCAGUGAGCUGGCACGCGAGCACCAAGUGACCCUUGUGGGAGGCACUAUUCCAGAACUGGAGGUUGAAACCAACAAGGUCUACAAUACCUGUUUGGUAUUUGAUAAAACUGGCCAGCUUAUCGGUCGUCACCGCAAGGUGCACCUUUUCGACGUCGACAUCCCUGACGGAAUUACGUUCAAGGAGAGCGACUCAUUGUCUCCGGGCAACAAGAGCACGACAUUGGAUGUGCCUCAGGGUAAGAUCGGUCUCGGAAUCUGCUACGAUAUGCGCUUCCCUGAGAUUGCUACCAUCAGUGCAAGGAAGGGGGCAUUCGCGAUGAUUUACCCUAGUGCGUUCAACACCACAACGGGUCCAAUGCAUUGGCACCUCUUGGCGCGGGCUCGCAGUGUUGACAACGAGAUGUACACCGUGUUGUGUUCACCCUCAAGGGUCCCUGGUAGUGGAUACCAGGCGUACGGUCACAGUUUGGUGUGCGAUCCACAAGGCAACAUCGUUGCAGAGGCCGGUGAGGGCGAAGAGAUCGUGUAUGCUGAACUUGACCCAGAACGGAUCUCGCACAUGCGGAGAUCAAUCCCAGUCACCACGCAGGUUCGUUUCGAUGUCUACAGAGACGUGAGUGUGGAUGCCAAGGAGGACGACCACAUGCUAAGCUGA